ACAGUUGUACACAUUUUAAAACAUGGGCUACAUUCUCUUUCCUUAACAAUAAACGACUAUGAGGAGCAUGCCAGCAUCUGAAGCGAUAGAAUACUGCGCUGUCACGUUUGUGUGGUGAGCGGCAAAUUCCCCCUCCAGGGCGUUGGAUUGGCCCAGCGGCGCGGGGGGCAGCAACGCACAGAAACACAUUGCUGCUUUCAGCAGAGGUGUAGGUCAGUCCCGCUGCAACGAACAGCGCAGGUGGAUGUACACUAACAACCGGCUCACAUAAUUCUCGAUCUCGUUGGUUGUUUGUUUAGUUUUUCCUUUGCUUCGUUAUCAUUUCAGGGAAGUGUAGAGUGGAAAAGGAAAGCCUAGUGUGGUCUUCAAUUCACUGGCUGAAGACGGAUUCGUUUAGGAACAUUCCAGAUUGGGGCUCAGGGUGCGAAACCCAAGAGAGAAGGAGAUGAUUCCUCUUACUGUGUGAGGGAAGAGACAAUAAAGUCAUCGUUUAAGAUGAUGCCCAAGCAGCUGGCCAGGACCUCCCCAGGGAGUGUGUGUUCCCUCCGAGGGACCAGUGUCCCGGGGUCCCCAGCGGCCGCCAUCGUGGCCAGGAUGGAUGAUGGGGUGAUAGGUUAUAAGGACUUGGCAGCCAUUCCUAAAGACAAGGCUAUCCUGGACAUAGAGAGGCCUGACCUGAUGAUGUAUGAGCCCCACUUCCACUACACUCCCAUGGAGCGUUCCGAGCUGCCCUGUAGCCGUGAGAGGUCAAUGUCGCCACGCUCCCUCUCUCCCCCUACCUCUCCCGAGGUAGGAUGGAUGGAUGAAACUGUUUUGUACAAGGAGAGGCUGGAGAAUCAGUCACCUGGAGGUUCCUCUCCCGGUUCCACCAUCCAGACUAUUAGAUCCUCCUCCACCAUUCCUUCCUCCACCUCUAAGACCCCACUGUUGCACUUUCACAGGCCUGGCAACGGCACCAAUCUUUAUAAGAAGCCACCCAUUUACAAACAAGAAAUCUUAGCCCCUAUCCCCCAGGGGAAGCACAUAGAGGACCUGAUCAUCGAGUCCUCAAAAUUUCCUGCCGCGCAGCCACCUGAUCCCAGCCUGCCCUCAAAGAUAGAGACGGACUACUGGCCCUGCCCCCCCUCCCUGGCCGCAGUUGAGAUAGAAUGGAGGAAGAAGGCUGUGUCUCAGAGGAAGGAUGGAGAGAUGAACGAGGAGGAUGAGGAGUACGACGACGGGGACCUGGAGGACGUGUCACCAGGGUUACGCUUGAUGCAGACACAGGAGCUGAACAAGAUCCAGUCCAACCUGGGGAAAAUCAUCCUGAAGGAGGAGCUGGAGAAGGCUGUUCCCCUCCGCAGGAAAACCCGCUCUCUGCCCGACAGGACACCCCUGCAUGCGGGACCGAACGGAUCCAGAUCUGUCUAUUUUCCAGCAACCUCCAGCAGGAUUGGUCUCACCAGGCUCCAGUCAGUCGAGUUCUCCUCAUCUGACACUGACAAGGGAGAGACAGGUCUCCAGGUACCGAACGGAGAGACCCAGAGCACCAGGAUGGACCGAGGGACCUCCUUACCCAGCAUGCUGGAUGAGAAGGUCUACCCCUACGAGAUGCUGAUGGUGACCCACCGAGGCAGGAGCAAACUGCCCCCCUGCAUCGACAGGACCAGGCUGGAGAGGCACCUGUCCUCGGAGGAGUUCCUCAGACUCUUUGAGAUGCCCAUAGAGGAGUUCGACUGCCUCUCCCUCUGGAAGAGGAACGACAUGAAGAAGAAGCUCUCCCUCUUCUAGACUACACACCCCACAAGCCACUGCACUUCCCGCAACAUCAGACGGAACCCUGAGCGCGACUGUGACCGCCACGGCAACAACAACAACAACGAUCCUGAACAAGCGUAGUCAUGGAGAUCGACGAGCACACAGGCAAACAAAAAUGGGUCCCUCACAUCAGCGUCCCCCCAGCCCUCAUGCUUCACCUGGUCUGUCGCCUUGGUGACAGGCUACAGGUGCACUAACCUGACGACAAGACCCAGGCUGGGGCCCAGGACAGAAAAGGGUACGUGGUC